UCAAAAAAUGAUUAUAAAGUAGUGUACAACGAGUGGCCUACGCAUCGUACACUAAAGGUCAACCCCGACACGUUUGUCACGCAAUGACCACACGUCGUCCACGCAACGACUAUGCGUUUGCGACUGACGCGUGACGGGCAACCAUUUGCCAGCCCACCCGUCCGCCCCGUGCCUUCCCCCCGCCCGCCAUCAUUCACUAUAGAAUCGAAGGACGGAGUGCACGUUGAUAAGCGGUACACGGUGAUAUUUUUCGAUUUCGAUCUCUGAUUUCGAUCAUGCAGAAAGAAAAGUUGAUAGAAGAAGUGCGAAAAUAUCCGCUACUAUACGACCUUAGUGAUUCGAAAUAUAGUGACGUACAUAAGAAGGAAAAGGCAUGGAAUGAAAUCGCUAUUGUAUUGUCGCAACCAGUGACGUCAGUGGACAACACAGAUGAUGGUGAUGAUGAAAAUAGCUUAUCUGCUGCGGAAAUUCUUGCCAAUGUGACUAAUAAUGAAGAAUCUCAAGACUCGUCAAUUACCUCGGAGCGUCCUGAAUCUUCGGUGUCUAUGUACGAAUCAUCUAGAUCAGUGUUUCCUGACAUUCCAAAAACGACAAAACGAAAGAAAUUGCAAGAAACAAGUGCAUCGGCGGUCUUAGUGGAAUAUUUAUUAAAAAACAAAAACGAUGAAGAUGGAAAGCAGAAAGACGAAAUGGAUUUUUUUUUUUUAAGUAUUUCUAGCACAGUAAAAAAAUUAUCUACCUAUAAUCAAGCACUUUUAAAGUCAAGAAUUUUUAAUUUAGUUUCGGAAGCUGAAAUACAAGAACUGCAAAAUAAUCGAAACUGUUACUGUGAAGAUUUUUUUGCACCAGGAACUUCUGGCUACACAACUCAAAACCUAAAUGCAGGUACUACCGGUAGUAGCACCGCUAGCACCCAACAGCAAAAUACAACGCCUAUGGAAGAAUCGAGGGUUGAUGGUUUAACACAACUAAAGUAAAAUUGCUUUGCUUUGA